AUGUCUAUUAUGUCCUAUAAUGGAGGAGUCACCAUGGCCAUGAAGGAGAAAAGUUGUGUGGUCAUCACUGCAGGCAGAAACUUCAGGAUACAGGCUCACAUAGUGCCCAUUGGCUUUCAGAAGGUUAUUCCUAUGGGUGACAGGCUGUACACAGGCCUGGCCAGGCCUGCCAGUGACUGCCAGACAGUGGCCCAGAGCCUCAAGCUCCAGCUGAACCCCUAUGAGUUGAAGGAAGGUUGGCAGGUCAGGCCUUAUACCCUCAUGAGCAUGGUGGCCAACCUCUUGUAUGAGAAAUGUGAGAAGGACAUUAAAGAUAAACACCAAAUUCAGGAGUUUAUUACAGCUCGUAAUUUAGAUGAGGAGAUGCCGGGCAAGAGGAGGUGUCACUAUGGAGGAGAUAUGGCGGAGAACAAGUAUACAAUAAUACUUCAAGAGGAGAAAACCAACUGUCUACCAGGAAAUGGGUCACCUCCACUUCACCUGCUCAGGCCCAGAAGUCAUUACAGAGGAAGCGGUUACACAAAUACUGCUUUCACGGCUAGUCUGAAAAACAAUUCCAGGGAAAUGGUGACAGACACUGUGAUCACUCAAACCUCGUAA